AUCUGCGUCCAAGGCGUUGCCUUUCCUACUAAUACUAGCCUCGCUGUACCUCGUGCGCAAAAAGACAACUGGGAGGCAGCAGAGAUGACACCCGACCUUUCUAAACGCGAUAUCUCCGGUGCCAUUGAAGGGCUGCGGCGAACGAAGCGCAUCGACUGCAAGGCACGGAAAUCCGUGACCACGGGCACGAAAUCCUCCGUAUUAGUGACUGUUUGUGCCCCCAAGUGGCGCAUGCAAGUCGAGCAGAAGACGAACAAUCCGCGUGUGCUCCAACAAGGAACCUACAGGUACUGUCACACAAGCAAACCUGAAUCUGCAAAGCCCGCGACUUCAGGUACCGCCAGCACUGCAGUGGUGGGAGAUUUUAAUUUAUUUUUCAUUUCGCCCACCGUCAAAGAUCUUCACUUUGGCUGCAACUACCUCAUCGAGCUCGUAUUCUCCAUCCUCACAGAUGCCUGCCAAGACGAUAACAGUCUGAGAAAGGCUGGAACAUGA